GGACAUCAAAAAUGACAAAGUGAAUCAAACUUUUCGGAGAUGUAGAUGAUGUCGAAUUAGUGUAAAAAGGAGUUUCAAGAUGAAUUUCCACAAGUUUUCACAUAUUUUUUGUUUUUUAUUACUUUCAUUCUCUUUUAGAGGCUUUACAUCGGGCUUUUGCUUGGGGCUACUUUUGAAAACGUUAUACGUUUUAGUAUAUGUAUACAUUUGUUCAAACCUAUGCAUUUCAUUACUUCCAUAUUCUAUACGUGGAUCUCUUCUUGCGUCUCAUCUAUUAAUCUUGGGGAUUAAGAUUAGUUCCAAAAACAUUCCACACUGA